AUGCGGACGGUGGACCCCGAGCUGUGGAGCAAGAAGCUGAAGAAGCCCGCGAUGCAGGUGUCGCGGCCCAUGAGGUUCGGGCAGCAGGCGGGCUGCCGGCUGGAGCAGCGCCUGCGGGACAGCCUGCGCGACGCGCUCGCAGACUUCUGGCGCUCCUGCUCCGUCGCCGCCGUCAAGUACAUCAACGCCAGCGCCACCAGCUGCGAGAGAUAUGGCUACAUUACGUUGAUGCUGCUGACCAUCGCGGUGGGCAGCUCCAUGGUGGUAAACAACUUCUCCCUGAUCCUGAAGCAGCCGCCGCUGAUCAUCAGCCUGCAGACCACCGCCACUCCCAUCACUAACUUCAAGUUCCCGGCCGUCGCGGUCUGCUCCAACAAGGUCAUCAGCAGGGCUGCUCUCAGGAACUACACGAACUAUUUGUAUAAACACCCCAAGAAUAAGAUUGUCUACGGUUUCCGAAGAAGUGAGAUAGAGCAAAACCUGCUGAACAUGGGUGCGCUGCUAACGUUCGCGUUGCCACCACUCAAGGUGCAUUUCGAGAACUUCAUAAGGGAUGUGGAGAGCACCUACAAUGUCACCGACAUCAUGCUCAAGUUGUCAGCAAACUGCUCGACGAUCAUGCUCCGCUGCAGCUGGCGCGGGCGUCUGGAGCCCUGCAGCAGUCUGUUCGGGACCAGGCUCACUGCUCUCGGCUUCUGCUGCGUCUUUAACUCUCGAUACCAACCAAUAGACUUCUACAGGAAGCCGGCUGUGCUUGAUCUAAUCGGACCGGACUACGGGCUCGGCAUCGUCGUCAAGGAGUCGCGCGACGAUUUCGCCUACGUCCGCAGACCCGUUUAUGGAAUGGAGGUGAUGUUGAUAUUUGCCGGCGACGAGUACCCGAUGCUGGAGAGCGGUGACGUGCGCAUGUACCCGCUGCCGCGCAACGCCUCGCUUUUCUACAACAUCCACCCACUCAUGCAGUACCCCGCCGACGACAUCAGCUACUACAGCGAGAAAUGGCGCGGCUGCCGGCUGCACGGCGGCGGCAUGUCGUGGUGCCUGACGGAGUGCCGGCGCGACACGGCGCGCGCGCUGUGCGGCUGCGUGCCCUACGCCUGGCAGCCGCAGCACGCGCGACACGCGCCGCACGCGCCGCCCACCUGCACGCUGGGGGAGCUCGCCUGCCUCAACAAGCACAGGGAAAAGUUCAUGUACUUGCACCCUGGCGAGGGCACGGACCCGGCGCUGAGCCAGGAGCGGCAGGACGCCAUGGACUGCUCCAACUGCCGCGUGCUCUGCCGCCGCCAGCUCUACCGGGCGCAGAUCUCGCACUCCAUGCACCGGCUCAACCUCAGUCUGUUCGGGAACUUCUUAUCGUGA